AUUCUAGAAGGAAAAAGGAGAAAGAAUUCUUAAAACGAAUAAUUUUUUUUUUCAACAUAAAUGUAAUCUACCUCACCGAAACGUAUGAGGAAACAAAGGGAAAAUUUGAAUUUGGGUGUUGAUGAGACAUUGAAACUGCGCCAGACUUCAAAUAUGGAAUCCUCUAAAGAAAGCUUAAGUGCCUCCCGUGAAGCUUUGGAUAUUCUGAUGGAGUUGUCAAACAUUUUGAACACUGGCUUAGAUUCUGAGACGUUAUCCUUAUGCAUCCAGCUUUGUGAAUCAGGGGUCAACCCAGAUGCUCUUGCUGUUGUUAUUCAUGAGCUGCGGAGUGCUAAAAGGCAAAUGGCUCAAUGAACUAUAUGGCAAUGUUUUCGUUUUUUUUUUUUUUUCCUGCCAUAACCCUAAAAACGUUGUUUCCUCUGAUUAAGGAAAUAGACUGACACUUUUAAAUCAUCCAAUAAAUUUUGUAUAUAUAUUUUUA